AUGGCCUCUUCCAAGCGCAGUAGCAGUCAAGCCGAAGCCAUUGAUCACGAUGAGGAAGACUUCAAGACCCCUUCUGCUGUCCAGAAGACAAAGCGCACCAAGCGCACCAAGCGAGCCUCAAAUGCGACCGCGAACGACGAAGAGGAAACUGAGCGGAUUGAUUUCGAGGAUUCAGACCUGACACGACCGGAUAUGGGAAUCGGCAACACCUCGAGCUUUGAAACGGACGAAUAUGGUGCCAUCGACAUGCGGCAUGCACUCGAGCUGAAGCCCGAUCACCCCAAUCGGCCUAUUCUAGUAACUCCAGAUGGGCAAAUUUUUUUGGAAACUUUUUCCCCCAUUUACAAGCAGGCCUAUGAUUUUCUCAUUGCCAUUGCUGAGCCCAUCUGUCGCCCCGAGCACAUUCACGAGUACCGCAUCACCUCGUACUCCCUUUACGCCGCCGCUUCAGUUGGUAUCCAGACGGACGACAUCAUGAAGUAUCUGGACCGCCUUUGCAAAACCGACCUACCCCUGCCCGUGCGCAAGGACAUUCGCACCUGCACUGAGCGUUAUGGCAAGGUCAAGCUAGUGCUGCGCAGCAACCGCUACAUUGUUGAAACCAACGAUGAGAAGGCCAUCUCGGAUUUGCUGAAGAACCCCGUCAUUCGCAACGCCAAAAUAGACGAUAGCGAAGUGCAAGAGCAGCGUGGCGGGGCCCCAUCUGCCGAUAAGUUUCAGUUUGAGGGCCAGGCGGCUGCCGAUGCCGCCCGCCUACGAACAUCGCAGGCCCAUCAAGAAGAUGGUGACGAGUUGUCGGAUGAGGCGCUCGUCGCCGCUGCUGAUGCCACCGAGGAGCUGGCCGCGGUGCCAAAAGACAUCCUUGACCUCUAUGAUCGAGUGGAUGAGUUUGCUGCUGACACGGACAAGACACUCUUCUCCUUUGAAAUCAAGAAGGAGCAUGUGGAAAGCGUUCAAGCAGAAUGUGCUCCAUCUCGUCUCGAUUACCCUUUGAUUGGCGAGUAUGACUUUCGGCGCGACCAAAAGCUCCGUGAUCUCAAGAUUGAUCUCAAGCCCACCUGCAUUCUGCGGCCCUACCAAGAAAAGUCGCUCAGCAAAAUGUUUGGCCGGACGGGCCAAGCACGUUCCGGCAUUAUCGUGCUACCCUGCGGCGCUGGCAAAACCCUCACUGGUGUGACUGCCGUGUCGACCAUCAAAAAACGUGCCAUCGUGUUGUGCACCUCCACCGUGGCUGUGGAGCAGUGGUGCUCGGAAUUUCGCCGCUGGUGCAAUGUCGAUCCCAGCAUUAUCCGCAAGUUUACACGCGAUGACAAAGAACUACCACCCGAAGAUUGUAUCAUCUGCUGCACGUACUCCAUGCUGGCGCCAAAGAAGAAUCGAUCCGAGGAGGCAGCACGCGUAAUCAACUUUUUGCGCAAGCGCGAAUGGGGCAUCAUGGUGCUGGACGAGGUGCAAACGGUACCCGCUGCUAAAUUUCGAGCCCUCUUGACGGAGAUUCCCAGCCACUGCAAACUUGGUCUGACCGCAACGCUGGUCCGCGAGGAUGGCAAGAUUGAUGACCUUCGAUUUUUGGUUGGCCCAAAGCUGUAUGAGGCCAACUGGAUGGAUUUACAAGCGGCGGGUCAUAUCGCCCGCGUACAGUGCAUUGAGGUGUGGUGCCGUAUGACCGAGGGCUUUUACGAGGAGUACCUCCGUGGGAAGAACCGCAUUCAUCUCAAGCGGCAGCUUUGCGUAUGCAACCCCAUCAAGUUCAUGUACUGCGAGUAUCUGAUCCGACUGCACGAAGCCCGACAAGACAAGAUCAUCGUCUUUUCUGAUGACAAGUUUGCACUUCGUACGCUGGCGAUGCAAAUGGGCAAGGAGCACAUUGAUGGCGACGUACCAGAUCGCCAACGGCACGAUAUCAUCAACCGCUACAAGACCACCCCCUCCUUCCGGACCAUUUUCUUUUCCAAGAUUGCCGACAAUGCCUUCGAUCUGCCAGAAGCCAACGUCCUGAUUCAGAUCUCUUCACAUGGUGGUUCUCGCCGCCAAGAGGCCCAGCGACUGGGCCGCAUUCUACGGAAGAAAAAGAACGACCGGACCAAGCCUGGCGAGUACAACGCUUACUUUUACAGCCUCGUGUCCCAAGACACGCUGGAAAUGGCUUAUGCCACCAAGCGCCAACGCUUUCUGGUGAUGAAGUACCUUCCUGGCUUUGAGGACGAAGGGCGCACUAGGCCUUAUGCUUUUGGCACUGAGCACAAGCAAACACAGCUCCUUUCUCGCAUCUUGGCCAACAAAAUGCCGGGGUAUGGGGUCUGCUGUGCCCAGGAUGAGGAGGGACGCACUUCAAUUGUUGGUGAUGAUGACGAUGACCUUUACCCGGCUGCCGUGCAACGGCGCGCUACCUCACUUUCGAGCUUCAGCGGCGCUAACAACAUGGUCUACCAGGAAAUUCGCGCUCGGACGAAGAAAAAUGAGUGCGGACUGAUCGUUUUGCUUUGCCUUGCCGUGUGUCCCGAAUGA